CUGUAGGAGCGUUAGUGUAGUACUAAAUAUAUCAACUGGCGAAAUAAAGAGAACGGCCGGACGUACGUUCGCAAUUUGAACAAAAGGAUUUGCGUGUGACUGAGUGGGAGAGAGAUAUGUGGCGCGUUGGUGGAAUAGAUUCCAUUUGAUAAUCGGCAAUGGUGGAUCCUAACUCUUUAAUGUACGGCACAAUUUCAAAAGCGUUUUAAGCCUGGAAGUCGAUUAAAUGUGGCGGAUUAAAGGAACCCGGUAGUUGAAACAGUAACUGCAUACUCCAUUUCAACAAUUUUUACAAUUAGUGCCUGUUAAUAUCAGCCAGAAUGUCUUCAGACGAGGAGAAGCCUCCUGCACCACCUGUCCGGUUAACAUCUAACCGAACCAUGGAUUUAACCAGUAAUUCCUUAGCUGUAGAUAGACCUUUGCCUAAAGAGCCUGAAGAUGCAGAGAGGAAGAAGAAAACAAUCAAGUCCAAAAUUAAAGGCAACAAGCUCUCAAUCAUUGGUUCAGAUAAACCCCAUAUAUCUCAUCCAACAAACUUUGAGCAUACAGUUCAUGUUGGUUUUGAUCCCGCCUCUGGUGAAUUCACUCUGCCUUUGAAAGGAAUGCCAGAGGCUUGGUCCAGAUUAUUGAUGACUUCCAAUAUUAGCAAACAGGAACAGAAAAGCAAUCCUCAAGCUGUUUUAGAUGUUUUGAAUUGGUACGAUAGUAGUACGAAGGAAACUCCAAACACCAAGUAUAUGACAAAGACUACUAAUACUACACAUUCAGGUUCCUCAUUAAGUAGAGUAUCUAGUUCAAGCCCUAGUAGUACUACCCCUACUGAGGCAGAUGGUACACCACAUUCUUAUCAUAGUCCAGCUCAUGUUGUGAGUUCAGAACUUGAAGAAGACGUUCCUCCGCCUCCGAUCGCUAGUAGACCCGAACGCACUAAAAGUAUUUAUACUAAACCUAUUGAAGAUCCACCUCCAAUUAGUAAUAAUAGUGUACAUACCCCAAUACAUAGUCUGAGUCCGGCUCACACCACGCCCACCCAUGUGCCCAAUACUAAUACAACAACGCAGGCUCCGCCUCUGUUGGAUAGAAAUAAGAAUCAGGCCGGCCCUGAGGUAUCUCGUCCUGCCUCAGAAAAACGAAAAAAGAAGAUGUCGGAUGAGGAGAUUUUGGAGAAACUUCGCAGCAUCGUCUCUGUCGGAGAUCCAAACAGAAAGUAUACCAAAAUGGAAAAAAUUGGCCAGGGUGCUUCGGGUACAGUUUAUACUGCAAUGGAAACCUCGACCGGGGUCGAAGUCGCUAUUAAGCAGAUGAAUCUUUCACAGCAACCGAAGAAGGAAUUGAUUAUUAACGAAAUUUUGGUAAUGAGAGAAAACAAACACGGCAACGUCGUCAACUAUUUAGAUAGUUACCUGGUGAAUGAGGAACUCUGGGUUGUAAUGGAAUAUUUACCAGGCGGUUCUUUGACGGAUGUUGUCACGGAAACUUGCAUGGACGAAGGACAAAUCGCAGCCGUUUGUCGAGAAGUAUUGCAAGCCCUCGAAUUCUUGCAUUCCAAUCAAGUCAUUCAUCGUGACAUUAAAUCAGAUAAUAUAUUGUUGGGCUUAGACGGAUCAGUUAAAUUAACUGAUUUUGGUUUCUGUGCUCAAAUUAGUCCAGAACAAUCCAAACGAACUACUAUGGUUGGUACGCCUUAUUGGAUGGCUCCAGAAGUAGUGACCAGGAAGCAAUAUGGGCCUAAGGUCGAUGUGUGGUCUUUAGGUAUUAUGGCAAUAGAAAUGAUUGAAGGGGAGCCACCCUAUCUUAAUGAAAAUCCACUUAGGGCCUUAUACCUUAUUGCCACUAACGGCAAACCUGACAUCAAGGAAAAGGAGAGACUAUCAAGCGGUUUCCAAGAUUUCCUUGAUCAAUGCCUUGCUGUCGAAGUAGAGAAACGAGCUUCAGCUAAAGAUUUACUCAAACAUCCAUUUUUGAAAGUAGCAAGACCUUUAGCUAGUUUGACGCCUUUAAUAAUAGCUGCUAAAGAUGCAGCAAGGGGUCACUAGCAUUAGCUUUAGGAGUUUUUUUUAAGAAAGAGGCUGCCGAGAUGAGUUAGUAGCGAGUAAGUGA